GACAGAGGCGGCGGCGUGGAGCGACAAGAGGAGGAGGAACCUCCAGCAGGUCCGCUCUUCUCGUAGCCUGCAGUGUGUCACUCACCAACAGAACUUGGACUUAUUUCGACCAGGGUUCGGAUUGUGACGCCGCCGCCGACCGACCCCGAACGAACGAACGAACGAACGAACGAACGCGGAAAUGUUCUUGUGUCUGCUCCCCGUCGUGGCCGUGCUGCUGAGCACGCAGUCUGCGGUGUCUGGCGGCAGCAACGACAAGCGCUCCAAGGACAGAUCCUGGAACAGAUACAGAGACGAUGACUACUUCAAAAGCUGGGCUCCCGCCAGGUCCCUAGACCGAGAGCGGGAGACUAAGCCUGGAAGAUAUGGACACCCAGGGACCAAAACCCACACUGGUUCUGGCAAGAAGAUGGUACAGGAUGGUCCUGACACCACCAAGGAGCCAUGCCUGAAAGUGCGCUGCCCCCUUCAUAAGGUGUGUGUCAGCCAUGACUACCAAACAGCCAUCUGCACCAAUCGCAAGCAGCCAACUCACAGUGUGAAGGCCCGCAAAGGCAGCUCGGGCCACAAGCGUAGGCUUGAAGCGGGCACUCGCGGGAACUGCAAACUGUGUUCAUCCCCCCCUUCGAACCCAGCGUGUGGCUCCGAUGGACACACCUACUCCUCUAAGUGUAAACUGGAGUUCCAGAGCUGCCUCACGGGAAAGAUCAUCUCAGUGAAAUGUGAUGGACAAUGCCCGUGCUUGCCUGGACAACUUCUUCUUGGCAAAACACCGUUGAAAAGCGACAAGACUGUGUGCACGGACACACAGCUCCACAGUUUGGCUGCCAGACUCAAGGACUGGUUUGGAGUUCUCCAUCUGGAUGCCAACAGAGACCUGAAACCCGCUGACAGCUCUGAGUCAGCCGCCGGACACUUUGACACGAGCAUCUUGCCCAUCUGCAAAGACUCUCUGGGAUGGAUGUUCAACAAACUGGACGUGAACUUCGACCUGCUGCUCGACGAGUCCGAGCUGAGCGCCAUCUACAUGGACAAGUACGAGCUGUGCAUGAAGCCGCUCUUCAACUCCUGCGACUCCUUCAAGGACGGCAAGCUGUCCAACAAUGAGUGGUGCUACUGCUUCCAGAAGCCGGAGGGAUUGCCUUGCCAAGCUGAGAAGAGCAGGAUGCAGAAUCCCAGUCGAAGGAAGAGCCUCAUAGGGUCCUAUGUUCCUCGCUGUACCGAAGAGGGCUACUUUAAAUCAACCCAGUGUCACGGCAGCACUGGACAGUGUUGGUGUGUGGACAAGUAUGGCAACGAGAUCGCCGGCUCCAGAAAGCAAGGCAACCCAAACUGCGAUGAGGACGAGGAGACAUCGGGAGAUUUCGGCAGCGGCGGAGCAGUCAUCCUCCUCGACGACCAAGAGGAGGAAGCCUCACGGGCUCGGCAGAAGAAGAGACGGGGCCGGAUCCACCCCCGGGAAAUCGCCGAAGACGACGACGACGAGGAAGACGACAAGGAUGAUGAGAUGGGCUACAUCUGGUAACUCCGCCCCCUUCGGUUCCGACGCUGUCAUCGGCCAACCGGGAAAAGUCCAGCACAGAUUUGAAGCCAUUCCAGCGUCUCUUCCAGUGGCCGUGACAGCAGUCCAUCUUUUAAUCGAACUUGCUCCUGUAAACGCCGUCCCACCUCUGUAUCCCUCUCGCCGGUGGACCUCAUGCUUUCUUCUCCAAAUGUUUCUCUUCACACGGAGAGGAAACGGAAAGCCGUUUUACGUUUCAGCAAUCCCUAGGCUCAAGCUCGAGCCCCCUUAUUUUCUCCUUCCACCUGCAAUGUGCAAUUAUUAACAUCUUCAAACAUGGACUAACAUUUCUAUUUUAUCUCAGUGGCCUCUCUCUUAGCCCGGUCUGAUUGCCCCAAAUACAAAAGUAAAUGUAUUGGAUGUAAAUAUGAACAGAGCAGUCCACAUUGUAGAUUACUACAUUAUUCUUUCAUUCUGUCCGUGUUCAACAAUGUUCCUUGCAAAUCCACGCAUUCCAAGAUGUCUCUCUUCUCUCUCUCUCUCUCUCUCUCUCUCUCUCUCUCUCUCUCUCUCUCUCUCUCUCUCUCUCUCUCUCUGUUAUUUCAUGGAAGAAAAUAAAUUAUUUAACUGUUGAUCUUGAAUGUCCAGAAAGACCAGGUAGCAAUGAGAUUUAAUGAUGUGUCGUCGUUGUUGUUGCAUGUUUCUCAUCGUGUUCCUGUAAAAGAGAGAUUUACCUGGCUCGGGUCAAGCUCUAUGCAUCUCAAAACAGAACGUGACGCUGAUUUGGCUGCUACAAUACUAUGUUGCUGUGUUGAUGCUGUUUAGUGUCUUUUCGGUUAUUCUCCCAAUCUCAGGAGGUAGGAGGUUGCAUUGCACAGCGAUAGAAGUGGAUGCAAGCACGAGUGUCCUGACAGCUAUUUGUUAUAUCACCGAUUGGUGAACUGGGGCUCGAGAGACGGUGCACGGACGCUAAAGAAGGUGCUGCCCCUGAGCUGGGAGGAACUACGAAGUCGUGGGAGCGACGUAGAGGCUUUGUUCUGCCUCCCGACGCCAUGUCAACCAAGUGAACCUUUUCUUUGUUAAUUUGACAAUUUAAGUAAAGUUGCACUUUGGGUGUCUUUUGAACCUUA